GGGCAGAUGGCAUGGGAUGAACGGUGGGUUUAUAUGAUGAAAAGCAGCUGCUGUUUUCACGAUGAAGAUGUUGAGUGCAUUAUUUUCUUCAGUAUGCGUGUCUGAAUGCUGUCUGUGAAGCUUGAAAUUCGAGGUACUAUUAAUAAUAUUGGAUUUUGAUCGAAGUGGUGAGUACUGCAUCUUGUAAGAUGGCUGCGAUGGUAUGAUAUGCUGACUGCUUCUCAGCCCUUCGACGACGACAACUCAAAUAUAACCUGAUCUAGCUUUGGAUCUUUUUGGUUGUUUGUUUUGGAUUUUUUUAAUCGUUGAAAUCAAUCAAGAUGUCUACAUAUUAUCCUCGUAAGUACCUGUAGCCAGCCUGCUCGCAAAAUCACCUAACUAAUACUUCGACAGCUCCUCCAGGAGGGAAUGGAGGUAAGAAAAAGAAUACCACUCUAUAUUCCAAACAUACCCCUCUAACCUCUCACUAAAGCUCCUCAACAACAACAAUACGCACCUCCUCCAACAUCUUCACCUCAGCAACAACAAUAUGCACCUCCUCCAACAUCGUCACCUCAGCAACAAUCAUACGCACCACCUCCAAUAUCUUCACCUCAGCAACAAUCAUACGCACCACCUCCAACAUCUCCGCCUCCAAACCAAACCUCAUUCAAAUAUGCCGCUCCACUCACCUCGACCCCAGCUCAAUCUUCACAUGCCUACUACCCACCCCUCCAUCUACUCCCGACAAGCUAUACCCUCCCCAACCCCCAACCUACUCCUCCCCAACAACAACUACAACAACAAUAUGGGUCUCCGCCAAAUUUCUCCCAUCGUCCUUCUUAUUCCGGUGGUCAACAUACUCUUCCAAUCCACACGCCCCCACCUCAACAAUCACAAAGCUAUGCAUCUUCCUCUGCCGUCUCUCCCCAAGAAACAAAUCUUCCAAAUUAUGCACAUCCAGGCUCCAAUCCCAAUCCCUAUCCGAAUACAAGCGAUUACCCACCUGAAAAACCAGCCCUAAAUACAAGUCUUACGAUUAAUUUGGAUCAUGGAGCACCUAGCGCAGCGCAUUUUGUAGGAGCAAGUACGACUCAGGAUGAUGUAGGCACGUUUAAUGGUGGGAGUUAUCGCAUUAGUCACAGGGAUACAAAUAGUAUUGUGACGAUUCAGUUGGCGAUGGGGUGUCCGUUGACUGUUAAACCUGGUUUGUUUUUCCCCCUUUCCUCUAUUCUUUUUGUUAAUGAAAUCUUGUGAGCGAGGGAAUGAGAUAGAGGAUAUUUGCUAACCCAACCAAAGGCGCAAUGAUCGCUAUGACUCCGACCAUAACGCUCAAGGGUGCAAUUAAGUUCUCCGUGAAGAAGUUUGUCAUUGGUGGUGAAAUGACCCAUUCUACUUUUACUGGUCCAGGUGAACUUCUCCUAGCUCCUUCGUCUUUAGGAGAUAUCACGAAUAUUCGAUUAAGUGGUGAUGAACAAUGGAGUGUGGGACGAGAUGCAUAUUUAGCUUCUACACAAGGAGUCAUCAAGGAGUAUAAAAGACAAGGCAUUGGUAAAGCAAUGUUCAGUGGAGAGGGCCUGUUUGUUUAUAAGAUUAGUGGGGUGGGUUUGUUAUGGAUUAGUAGUUUUGGCGCCAUUAUUAGGAAGGAUGUAUGUUUCCCCGCUCCCCUUUCCCCCUUUCCCGUUGCCGAUAGCUUCUCUACUCUUUUCAUUUCCUCCCAACUAACACUCAGAUAGCUACAAGAAGGCGAACGCUACGUAGUCGAUAACGGUCACCUGGUCGCCUGGAACACAAAAUACAUACUUGAGCGUGUAGCAUCGGGAGGUAUUAUCAGUGGAUUGAGCAGUGGAGAGGGUUUGGUGUGUAAAUUUACGGGGCCGGGGACAGUUUUCCUUCAAACGAGGAAUCCGGCUCUGUUUGGUCAGUGGAUUAGUGCGCAUGCUGGUGGCUAGGUUGUGAGUAAGAUUUGGGUUUAGAGGUGAAGUGAAGUGAAGGGAUCUAUGGAAGGGGUCUCGGGUGUCCGGGUUUAGUCAAGAAGAUUGGUGAUUGUGAUUGACGCGCAAUAAGAGCGGAUGUUUGGUGUUUCUAUGCACAGUUGGGAGUAGGAUCCGAUUCUUGGGAAAUGAUUUGAGUUUGAUCUGUUUCAAUAUGUAUGAUACCUUGUCCUUCGUUAUUAACGGCUUUUUCAUACUUUUUACUUGAGAUUUUCUCUCAAAUUACAAAAAGCAAUUUUAUAUAAUCUUUGUUUUAUAUUUUCUAAACUUGAAUUAAUAUAAUAAAUAAAAAUAUUUUAAAAAAUUAUAUAUAAUUUUAAUAAUAUUAAUUUUAAUAAUAUUA